UCCUAAAUUUCUGUUUAUCUUUUAGCCAUAAAGUUAAAGAACCACAGCCAUUGAAGCUCUGCCGAAGAGGAAGCUAGAAGAUUAAAAGCACUUCGUAUUAUUUUCUGAAUCAUUAUUAGCAGUAUAAGACCGAGCUAAUUGACAUGAAGAACGUUCCGACUAGUCAAGAAACUCCUGCUCAUGCAAUGGCUUCCACCCAAUGUAGUCAUCCAUCAAUUGAUGAGGAACCUGUUGGUUUUGAGGAUGACGCAGAAAGUAUAAUUCAACAGCUGACUGAAGGAACAAAGGAGCUAGACAUUGUCUCGAUUGUUGGAAUGCCUGGAAUCGGCAAAACAACUUUGGCUAGAAAGGUGUUCAAUCAUUUUAUUGAUAGUAGACACUUUGACGUUCGAGCAUGGUGCUCUAUUUCCAAAGACUAUAGUUUGAGGAAGAUGUUCUCUGAGAUUCUUAAACAAGCUAUAGGCGAUACAGAUGGUAUGAGAGAUGAAGACAUGCCCGACAAGUUGCGCAAGAGUAUAAUGCGCAAGAGAUAUCUUAUUAUAUUAGAUGAUAUAUGGGAAGUUAAGGCAUGGGAAGAGUUGCGAUUGUCUUUCCCACAGGAUGAAAAUGGAAGCAGAAUACUGGUAACAACUCGAGAUGAAGAAUUGGCUAGGCAGCUUAAGCACCAUAGUAAUCCAUAUCCUCUUAGAUUUCUCACAGUGGAUGAGAGUUGGGAAUUACUCCAGAAGAAAGUAUUUCAAGGAGAGAUCUGUCCCCCUGAGCUACUCAGAGCAGGACAACGAGUUGCCAAAAACUGCAAAGGAUUACCUCUUGUGAUCGUCUUGAUUGCUGGAAUUAUUGAAGAGAAAAGGCAAGCAUCUUUAUGGCUUGAGGUCGCAAAUGAUUUAAGUUCCCAUGCGUUAGAAGAGCAAAGCAUGAAGAUAAUAGAGUCAAGUUACGACCAUUUGGAAGACCAUUUAAAAGCUUGCCUUCUUUACAUGGGAUUGUUUCCAGAAGACUACACAUUUCCGGUGUCCGACUUGCUAAAAUUAUGGAUAGCUGAAAGCUUUGUACAGAACAUAGACACAGAGAAAUGUAUGGAGGAAGCUUCUAAAAUUUGCUUGAAUGAUCUAGUGAACAGAAGCCUUGUAGUGGUUACUAAAAGGAGAGAUAACGGUGAGAUGAAGUAUUGCACUAUUCAUGAUGUAGUGCGUGAGUUUUGCUUGAGAAAACUUACAAAAGAAGAGUUUAUGCAGCACAUAGUCCCGUUCGAUCCAUACCAACCUUUAGAUGCAAAGGAACCUCGGUUAUGCAUGUAUGUCCAUGACGAUCUUGUCAAGCAAUUGGUGCAGUGUGAAUAUUCGUUGGAUAAGAUUCCAAUGUUGGCAGGCUUGAACGGAGGGAAGUCUUUGACUCGAUGUCAAAGAUCUGUCGAGUUUAUUGCUCAUCCAACAUUCUGUCCAUGGGACCAUACAAGUCUUUUCUCUUUACUUGAUAACUUUAGACUUAUUCGGGUGUUGAAUUUGUUGGAUAUCUACUUGGAAAGUUGUUGGGAUAUGGCAAUGCAAGCAGUACCUUACUUGAGGUAUCUUGCAAUUUUUACCAAGAGAUUUGAUUUUCGGUGGAUAUCACACCUACUUGAUCUACAAACCUUGGUGGUGCGGAAAGAUUCAAGUAACCAUAUACUUAAGACAUCACCUGCUAUCUGGAAAAUGCACAAACUAAGGCAUCUGGAUAUACAGGACUUUUCCUUCACAUGGGAAGACAAAGAUAGAAUAAUUUUUGAAGAAUCUUCAGAAACUGUCUUACCGAGCUUGAAGACUUUUGGCAAGUGUUGGAUAUACUUAGCUGAUAUGACUCCAGAGUUCUGGUGGAGAUUUCCAAAUAUUGAACAACUCAACCUUCACUUUGUUGAACCCCUACAUUAUUCCAUUAAUGCCAAACCAGAAGUUGAUAUCUUGAAUUUUGAACAACUCCCACUCCAAUCUCUCGAAAUCCAUUUCUCAACCUACAUAUCCAUUGGAUUGAGCGACUGUGUUAUCUUCCCUUCAAAUUUAAAGGAUUUGUCCCUUCACAGUAUUUUCCUAACAGAUAAAUUUGUUUCAAAUAUUGCAAGACUGCAAAAUCUUGAGAGACUGAAACUAAAUAGGAUAUACUUCAGGCCCAAGGGUAGAGGAUAUAGCAGAUGUUGGGAUGUUAGUAAUUACAAGUUUCAAGCACUCAAAGUGUUGAAACUACACUUUGUUACUAUGACAGAAUGGUGCUCUUCAGAUACAUCCUUUCCUGUGCUUGAGAAAUUAGUUAUAGAUUACUGUUGGCGGCUUCAAGAUAUCCCUUCUAGCUUUGUCGAUAUCCCAACACUGAAGUUGAUUAAACUGAGUUAUUGCAGCAAGUCACUUCAGGAUUCAGCUCUCAACAUUAAAAAACAAGUUGAAGAGUUCACAGGAUGUGACAGUCUCCAAGUUCAUGCCCCGUAUCGUUAAAUAAAGGUAAGACAGCCCGGUGCACUAAGUUGCCGCUUUGCUCGGGUCCGGGGAAGGACCGGACCACAAGGAUUCAUCGUUAAAUAAAGGUAACUGAUUUCAAAAUUAUGAUACACGUGCAAGAAGAAACAAGCUCUGUCCUCAGCUUUUCUGCACCUCUGACAUGAAAAAACAUUAAGGAGUCGUUUUGUAGGGUGUAUAAGAAUAAUGUUGAAUAAGUUAUAUUAGUAAUGCAUGUGUUAGUAAUGCAAGCGUUAGUUAUGCAGAGAUUAUUUUUUAUCCAAGGUUUGUUGUGGUGCAUUAAAAAUUAUAAUUUAUUGCAUAUUUUUUUAAGAAAAUUAGUUGCUUACAAAGAUGUCUUCCUUAUUCUUUAGCUUUAGUGGACUUUAAGAAUAAUUUUAUCUUUAACCAUGCUAAUGCAUGCAUUAAUAGACUAGAUAUUGCUAAUACCAUCGUUUGCUAUGCACUUUAUCCCUUUCAAUUUAGAUGAGGUAGUUUGACUCGACACGCAUUUUAAGAAAAAAAUGAGUCUUUUGAACCUUGUGGUCUUAAACGCGGAAGGGGUAAAAAUUUUGUGGGGCCAUGACAUUUAUGUGGUUAUAAAAAUGUUUCAUUAAGGGUAAAAUAGUAAAAUGAAGAGUUUAAA